GCUUCAGUUGCCAGUAGAAUCUGCCUCUGAUGGCUAAACUGUUCGAAGAGAUAUUUCAACCUGGAGGCUCUGGCGACAUCCUUUUAGUUAUCAGAGAUCCCAUUGCUGGAGAAGAUGUCCUGCGGCUUUGCUGUCAUUCCCUGAUUCUCACGCAGCACGGGUAUUUCUACAAAAUGCUCAGCUCAGAGACUCCUUUGAGAGAAGGCAUUACCCGUGAGGCCGUCAUCUCAGAGCCGCGAACAGAGUUCGUGGAGCUGCUCCGCUUCAUCUACACGAACCAGGUUGACGUCAACGAGCACACCGUGCUAGGUUUGCUUACACUUGCAGAUAAGUACUGCAUCGAUGAGGUUGUCACCCUGUGCCUCAAGUAUGUGAAGGACAAUUUCGAUGCAGAUAUGUUUUUCACCUUCUACAACAUCACUACCUUCAACUCCACCUACCAUGACAAGCUCAAGGAUCAGCUCAUGAGCGCCAUGCUCCUGCGAAGAAAUCUCUGUGCCAUUACAGAUGACCCCAGGUGGGAGGACUUGCCUGUCGGCCUGGUGGAAAGUAUCUUGCGACAGGAUGACUUGCCGAUCGCCUGCGAGGCCGAGGUCUUGACCCUGAUUGCCAAGUGGAUUGCGGGCCGCAAGAAGCGGGAAGAGGAUGUGACGCGGUUGUUGCGCUGCUUUCGCAGAGGGGACAGCGUUCGGGUGCGCGUAUCAGAUAUAGCAGCUCUGAUGCAGGCACUUGGUGCCAUUUUGGCUACCAUUUUGCGAGCCGCAGCCACUUGGGUUCGUUCGUAUGGGCCAAUCGGGCCAAGCAGCUCAGGAUGGGAUAUUUUUUCAGACAAGGUGCCGCGCAAAGGCGCAGCGGUCUGGGACCCGAACUUCAUAAUUCAUCGCGAGGGAGCCGGAGCCAUGCAAGCUUCUGCUGAGUCUGGCGAGCGCAGGGAAGGGAACAACGUGGAGAUUAUCCACCAGAUGGGCCCCAAAGACUUCCUGCAGCAGGAGCCUGGCUGGGCUUAUCCAGG